AUGACCACCCAGGAGCUAGAUCACCACCACCACCUCGGUGGAUCUCAAACACCCCACGAUAUAUCCAAUUCAACUAACUCAACCCCAACUAACGUAUCAUCGAAAUCUGCCUUCAUAGAACUUCAGCAACACGGCUAUGGCUUCAAAGGGGGUUAUCAACACCCCCACCAUUUCGGCAGCCCGGGUGGUCAACAGAAUCCCCAUGAAGCGUCAGGUUUCCCAAGCCCUAGAUCCUUAGGUUAUCCAUUCCCUCCCAUGCAUCAGAACACCUAUGGCUAUCAUUUAGGAUCCUACGCCCCCCAAUGUGCAAGCCCUCCGAAAGAUGAGAAAUGCGGCCUCUCCGACGAUCCCGGGUUACGUGUGAACGGAAAAGGAAAGAAGAUGAGGAAGCCUCGCACGAUAUACUCCAGCUUGCAGCUACAACAGCUCAAUAGAAGGUUCCAGAGGACUCAGUACCUCGCGCUGCCGGAAAGAGCUGAACUAGCAGCUAGUUUAGGACUCACACAGACUCAGGUGAAGAUCUGGUUGGGGCUCCGCCCCCGGGACUUGGGAUGCCCGGGAGCCCCCCGAAUAACAACCAGAUAUUACAUGGUAUGUGGUGGAAGUUCCAGCGGGUCCCAACAUUCUCCAUCAGCUUAUCAAAGCGGACCCACGCAAGCACAUUCUCCCACUCCCAGUUCUACCCCAGUAUCUGAAUUAUCCCCGGGACUAUCUCCCACGGGAACUCCCUGGGAUGUGAAGCAACCACCACAACCUACAUGGGACGUAAAGGUUGGAUAUCCUAACGCCGGCCGUUCUCCCGACGGCUCCUGUGAUGUGAAGCCUCCUCAUCAGCAGUCGUGGGACCCUAGGGUCGGAUAUGGCGCGCCUCCUGGCUGGGAUAUGAAGGGUGGACACACACACGCCCUCCAGCCGCCACAGCAUCCCCCGUACGUGCCGCAGUACAGUUGGUACCAACCAGAUAACCCUGGAUUACUCACUGAGAACGGCCUAGCUCUUUUCCAUCGUAUGGGUUUAAGGAGUCAAUUUUUGGGGAACGAACAAAAUAAUUACGACAGCUGA